GACGUCAGAGUUGCUCCAGUCUAAAGUCACGUCGCUCGUCAUGUCACGCACUCGUCUCGUCCGUCUGCAUCAUUGCGUCUAAUCAGACCCAAUCAGACCUGACGUUUCGGCAAACGGAGGGAAAUAUACCGAGAAUCGUCUCAUCGCGCGCUUAAUCAAUUUGCAAAAUGAACAGGCUCUUCGGACGCGGUAAACCCAAGGAACCGCCACCAAGCAUCACUGACUGCAUCGCCGGGGUUGACAGUAGGGCGGACUCUGCGGAAAAGAAGAUAGCCAGGCUGGAUGCGGAAUUAAAGAAGUACAAGGAUCAAAUGGUCAAGAUGAGGGAUGGACCGGCCAAGAACGCGGUCAAGUCCAAGGCGCUGCGUGUGUUGAAGCAGCGGAAGAUGUACGAGUCCCAAGUUGAUAAUCUGCGCCAGCAAGCGUUCAACAUGGAGCAAGCCAAUUACGCCACUCAGACAUUGAAAGACACCCAGGCAACUGUAGUUGCUAUGAAAGAUGGUGUCAAGCAAAUGCAAAAGGAAUUCAAAAAUAUCAACAUUGAUCAAAUCGAGGACGUACAAGACGAUUUGGCAGAUAUGUUGGAACAAGCUGACGAGGUGCAAGAAGCAAUGGGUCGCAGCUAUGGAAUGCCAGAAAUUGAUGAGGACGAGCUGACGGCGGAACUGGAGGCUCUCGGCGAUGACCUCGCUUUGGAUGAGGAUACCAGCUACUUAGACGACGCUAUAAAAGCACCUAGCGCCCCAGAUAAAGAACCUGGAGCAAAUUCUGUCAAGAACAAGGAUGGUGUUCCGGUGGAUGAGUUUGGCUUGCCACAAAUACCUGCUAGCUAAAUAUUAAAAUACAUACGAAAUACAUACAAAAUCUGUAGAUAAGACAAAUGUAAGCUUAAGAAUAUUCGCAUGCAUGCCCAAAGACAUACAAUCUUUUAAGAACGAGGCACACAGCUUUUCUAACCGACACUCGUGCGAUAUAAAUAAUGAUCUAAACAAUGUUUUAUUGAUAUCAUUUGCGCAAAAGAUAUUUAGUUUAGUUCCAUAUUAAUAGAUUUUUGUUACUGUUUCCAAAGUCACUAUUUUUAUUAAAUUAGUACUAUGUUGUACA